AUGUCCCCAACAUACCCGCAAACUCUGCCCUCUCUCAGCCAGCGCGAUGCAAUCACCGACGCCCUCUAUCGAGCUGCCAUUGGCAGUGAUCAUCAUGAUGCCGCACUAUUCAACUCGGCAUGGGCCGGAGAAGACGUCUCCAUGGAACUUCACGAUGACAAGAUAAGAGUCCUCGAGGGCCUCGCCAUGAUUCGCACACAUGUUUUGGAUAAAGUUGGUCCUAUGGAUACCACGCAUAAUAUCAGCAUGGUCCGCGUCAAUCACCAAGAUGGAGCCAAUACCGCGAUUCUUAGUGCCACUUCCAUGGCGCAGCAUGCGCCUGCCGGCACGGGAAGGGAUCCAAAUGGAACCAAAUAUACUGUGGGCGGAGAGUAUUCUGUUGACUUGAUCAGGGACGACGGAGAUGGUCUGUGGAAGAUGAAGAAGUUGGUGCUGAAUGUUGUCUGGUCCACGGGCGACCCUUCAUUGAUGGGAGGCCCCCCUAAGAAAUAG